ACCAAACCAGACCAAACAUAAUACGAUGCUGCGGCGCCUUGUCGGCGGAGCCGCCGCCGUGCGUUCGCCGCUGCCGCCGCCGUUCUGUCGGCUGCUUCACAACGGCGGCGGAGGUGGUGGGUGUAGCUCGGGGGAGCCGGAGAGCGUGGCGUACCGCAUGUCGAUGCUGCGGCGCCCCUCUACCGUCAGCAAGAAGGGGCUCACCUGGAACUGGUGCAGCCUCAUCGGUCGCCUCGCCGCACCGGUGAGGCCGAUCGACACUAGCUUUCUUGAAGUCCCCAGGGCGUACACCUUCCUCUCCGUCACCCUCUCGUCGCCCGCGCCCUCUUCGAGCUCGUCCAACAUAAAUGUGACAUUGCAGCUGAAUGGUGAGCUGGCAAAUGUUGGCCUAAAGCAUCUGAAGCAUGAUGACCUCGUUUAUGUAUCUGGUCAUCUGGGCUCUUAUCAUAAAGUCAGUCCAAGUGGUGAACGGCACAUUGUCUAUAAGAUUUAUGUCAGAGAGCUGAAUUAUGUUGUUGAUCAAAAUAAGAAGCCUCAGAAUGAUGCAGACUCAACAAGUCCACCAUCAAUGACAUCUGUCACCCUUCAAAUGCUAAAAGAGAAUGAAUGUAUAGGCAGGCUUCGCUUGUGGCAGGUCUUCUUUGCGAACCCAUAUGAGUGGUGGGACAACCGACGAUCCAAACCAUGGGCCAACUACCCUGAUUUCAAGCACAAGGACACUCGUGAGAAAAUAUGGCUUCGUCCAGAUGACCCUCCUUGGGUACGAAAGCAGCUUGAAUUAUAUGACCUGGAAGUAGCAGAGAAUGGCCAUAGGUGUAAAAGUCGACUGUCAAAAAAACAAAAUUGGAAAACCCAAGAUUUUGACUACUUUGAUGAUGAAGAAGUACAGCAUUUAGCGGAAGCAUGAAUAGGACGCAUGGCAUUGUCUGCCAAGAAUGAAGAAAUUCACCAGGCCAUUUGGGUGGUUUGGGGGUGGGGGCGGCUGUUUCUUUGCUCAGGGAUCGUACUCAAUUGUAUCGAUGUAUGUUUGGUAGGAUGUGGAUAUGUUGAGUCUUCUAGUUUGUAAUUUUAUUUAUGCGUAUUUUGAGAUGCAAGUGUGAGGGAACCUCGACAGUCGACAUAUUAGCGAGGCCCUAUCAAUUAACAUGCCUCGAAGUUUGCUAAGUGAUACUUGGGCCUGUUUGGUUCAA